AUGUGCUUCUGGAGAAAGCUUUCUGUAUUCUUGGUGUUCCUUCUACUCAGCCUGGUUCCCUUGACUGAGACAGAAAAACCCUCAACUCCAGACAGCAGCGGCACUUGGAGUCCAGGGCAACUGAUGGGAAUUCUACGUGUCCUCUCGGCAGAAGAGCCCACGCCCCCGAACCACUCGAGAAGCCUCAUCAGAACACUGCUAGAGAAAACCGGGUGCCCACGGAGGAGAGACGGAAGGCAAGGAGAUUGCAGUCUGUGCUUUGAACCAGAUGCCCUGUUACUAAUAGCUGGAGGAGAUUUCGAGGAUCAGCUCAGAGAGGAAGUGGUCCAGAGAGUUUCUCUUCUCCUCCUCUAUUACAUCAUUCAUCAGGAAGAGAUCUGCUCUUCCAAGCUCAACAUGAGUAAUAAGGAGUAUACAUUUUACCUACACAGCCUUCUCAGCCUCAGGCAGGAUGAAGACUCCUAUUUCCUUUCACAGAAUGAGACGGAAGACAUCCUGGCUUUCACCAGGCAGUACUUUGACACUUCCAGAAGCCAGUGUAUGGAAACCAAAGUGCUGCAGAAAAAAGCUGGUAUCUCAAGCAGUGAUGGUGCCAAUGAAAAUACACUUCCUCAGUUGGCGGAGACAAUCAUUGCUUUGUCCCUCCAAGGUGUUUGUCUGGGACAAAGAAACUUGCCAUCCCCAGACUAUUUUACAGAAUAUAUUUUCAGUUCCUUGAAUAGUACAAAUACUCUCCAUCUAUCAGAACUAGACCAACUCCUCAACACUCUCUGGACUAAAAAUACCUGUAUCAGAAAAGAUAGAAUCCAUCAACUUCAAAGGGAACAAAACAACCUAACAAUCCAUGAUUGGGCCUACCCUAAUCUAUCUGUAUCCGAGGACCCAGGAUCAGAUGACAGUCCAAUUUCCUGGGAUCAGACUUGCUUCUCUGCUGGACAAUUCAUGGAGAUAUUUCUACAGAACAAGCUUUCAGCCAUUUCUAAGGAGGACUUUAAGCAAAUGAGUCCAGGAAUCAUCCAGCAAUUGCUGAGCUGCUCUUGCCAGCUGCCCCAGGACCAACAAGCAAAGCUGGCACCCCCCGCUCCAGAGAAAUAUGGCUACAGCACCGUGGCAGUGACGCUGCUCACGCUGGGCUCCAUGCUCGGGACGACCCUGAUCCUCUUCCACUGCUGCGAGGAGAGCUAUAGGCUCGUUUUACAGCUGUUUGUGGGUCUGGCUGUUGGGACCCUCUCUGGGGACGCUCUGUUCCAUCUGAUUCCUCAGGUUCUUGGUUUACAUAAGCAGGAAGCCUCAGAGUUUGGGCAUUUCCAUGAAAACAAGGGCCAUAUUUGGAAACUGUUGGGAUUAAUUGGAGGCAUCCAUGGAUUUUUCUUAAUAGAAAAAUGUUUUAUUCUUCUUGUAUCACCAAGUGCCGAGCAGGGCAUGUCACUGGUUCAUGGGCACAUGGGACAUUCCCGCCAUCUUGCAUUCAACACUGAAUUAAGUGACCAGUCAGGCAGAGGCAAAUCUGCUUCAACUAUCCAGUUGAAAGGCCCAGAAGAUGCACAGGCAGCUGAAAUUCCUAUAGGCAGUCUGAACGCCCCCAACAGAAAAUGCAAAACCAUUAGCUUGUUAGCAGUAAUGAUCCUGGUUGGAGACAGCCUGCAUAAUUUUGCAGAUGGCCUAGUCAUAGGAGCAGCCUUCUCAUCUUCAUCCGAGUCAGGAGUGACCACAACAAUUGCUAUCUUGUGUCAUGAAAUUCCCCACGAAAUGGGAGACUUUGCUGUGCUCUUAAGCUCCGGACUUCCUAUUAAGAUUGCCAUCCUGAUGAAUUUUAUAAGUGCUUUAACUGCCUUCAUAGGACUGUAUAUUGGCCUCUCGGUAUCCACGGAUCCCUGUAUUCAAAACUGGAUCUUAACAGUUACUGCUGGGAUGUUCUUAUAUUUAUCCUUGGUGGAAAUGCUUCCUGAAAUGACUCAUGUUCAAACACAGCGACCGUGGUUGAUGUUUCUCCUGCAGAACUUUGGACUGACCCUAGGUUGGCUUUCCCUUUUACUCUUGGCUAUAUAUGAACAAAAUAUUAAAAUAUAA